GCUCUACUAUGUCUUCCACUCAGGCCACCGCUUCUGCUCGUGCUUCUGCCUCAUCUAAGCCGGCUGCGUUCAUUGUGUCCUCUGUCAACUCCAAGCGAGGACCAAAGGUCAUCCCUGCUCGCUCUGCGCCUGUCCGCGGAGCAAGUGCCCCUAUCGCAUCUACUUCCGUCCCGAAACCAGUACGGAUGUCAGCAUUGCCCAGGCCCACUAUGACCAAACCCUCCACAAAGCCUGCCACCGCCACUGUGGCCCCUCGGUGCCCAGCUCCUCGUCCCUCGGUUCAGCGCAAACCGUCGACUCUUCCAACCCGGAACGCACCAACUACCUCAUCGGCGAAAGCUCCUGCAACUGCCACCAAAUCCAAACCGUCGACUUUUCCAACUCGGAGCGCACCGACUACUUCAUCGUCGAAAGCUCCAGCAACUGCCACCAAAUCAGCCGUGGUCAAGAAGUCUACCGUCAUCGUUCCUGUCGUCAAAAGGGUCACUGUCCCACGAGCUCUGCCCGUCGUACCUCUCGCGACUAAAGCCUCUUCUUCGAAGAGCACCACGGUCGCACGAGUCAAGACGACGAAACCCGUCGUAAUCGCCCCUGUCCAGACAUCGUCUAAGGUCGAGACUGAAGAACAAACGCCUUCAACCUCCUCGACCUCUACUGCCCCUUCGACUCCCGAAGUCCAGAGGCAUGGGCAAUCAAUCGCAAGGAUCACGACCAUCCCUGCCACUCCUGCUACCUCUACCAGCGAGUCCAGGACUCCGUCACCGACGUCAUCUUGCUCUUCCGCCUCAUCUACGUCAACUCUCGCCACUCCAGAACCGUCCGUAUAUUAUGAGAUGGUCAACACCGUCUUCGGUCCCCGUCGCAUCGCUGUCAAGCAACUCUCUGUCCCACGCAUCGUCGUCCCUGCCUACGACCCCAACUCCCUCGCGUCAAAAAACAAGAAUAUCCAGUUCGAGCUCGAGGUGCUCAGGUCUCAGGCCAAGGUCGGAGGGAAGACACCUCUCGGGAGCGGAGAGGGUAUGAACAUAUCGUUGAGGGCGUUGGGCAUCAUCGAGCGGGUAAAGAAGGAGAAGGAGAAUAUGAGCUCAGUGAACUGAGUGGAGCAGAAGGUAGAAAGAGGACGCAGUCGUGCCGGGCUGGGGGUAGUGUGAAUCGUACUGUUUGUUACUAUACCAUCGCAUCGCAUCGUCUCCGUGUAAGGCCAAUAGCCCGUGUAUGCUUGUAUCUUUUUUUUCGGUUGUACAUGGUUGUUACUUUGUUUACUUAUUUCUUACAUGGGUUAAUGGUCUCUGUAUCGUGGUUUCUCUUGUGGAUUGAUUGCCUCUGUAUUGUCCGUUGUACCUCUUACGAUUAGUUGCCUCUGUGUUGCCAUUCCUUUUAUGAACCAGUCACUUUUAUCUUCUUGUUCCUUAUAUGGCCUCCUGUACUUUGAUUUUGUGUAUGACCAAUCGC